AUGAAUACAACUAAUAAAGUGAAUGUCUACCUGGCUCCUUUGCUGGCUGGAGCGGCAGCAGGGCUGUCAGUAGACAUGGCUCUCUAUCCUCUGGACACAUUGAAGACAAGAAUACAGAGCGAGCAAGGGUUUUAUAAGACUGGUGGAUUUAAGGACAUUUAUAGAGGUCUGUCAGCCGUGGCGACCACAUCAGUGCCCACAUCAGCUCUGUUCUUCGUGUGCUACGAGACCACAAAAUCAAUGUUACUACCACACGUAGCAACGCAGUAUGCUCCGUUCGUGCAUAUGUUAGCUGCUAGCGUCGGAGAAGUGUGUGCCUGCGUGAUCCGUGUCCCAACAGAAAUAGCCAAACAACGCAAGCAGACUUAUGUUGGAAAGAACGUCAAAUCCAAUUUCAGUAUUUUACUUGAAGCAUACAAAACCGAAGGAUUCCGUCGCGGCGUCUACAGAGGCUUCUUAUCAACAGUUUUACGAGAUCUGCCAUUCAGCUUCAUCGAGCUCCCAGUUUGGGAGAUGCUCAAGACCUUUGUCAGGCAGAACAAUGAGGGACAGGUCACUAGCUUGCAGAGUGCAAUAUGCGGUUCAAUUGCCGGAGGGUUCGCGGCCGGUGUGACGACGCCUUUGGACCUCGCCAAGACGCGUAUCAUGCUGGCCAACGGGUACACCGCUGACCGCAAGUUGCGCAUCAGGCCUGUACUGAGUAGUAUAUAUUUGGAGUCCGGAGUGAGAGGCCUGUUUGCAGGGAUAAUGCCUCGAGUAACAAGUUUCAUGAUCGGCGGCUUUGUCUUCUUCGGCGUCUACGACGACAUUAAGAGCUUAAUAGAAUCUAAGUUAUAACAUACAUGGAACUUAGAUGUAACGUGAAGACUAAGUAAAAAGUUUAGCCCUAUUGUCUCUUAGUUGAUAAAAACCAUGGACCGAUACACUCCAGAGGAAUGCUAAUCAUGGUACAAGACAACGUAGACGGGUAUUUAGUACCUUUUGGUACACCAGAUGUCGCGACGAAUUACAAACAGCUCUUUAAUCUAAAGAAUCUAUCUCUUUUCUUGGACAUUCCACACUAAUUAGACCAAUAUGCUGAAAUACAUUUACAAACAGGUCACGGAUUCGAUCCCGGUUGGACCAUAAAAGUUAUUUUGUUUUUUUUACGAUUAAUCUGGAUAUUUUAAAAUAAGUUUAUGUAAUGUUGGAAUUCUGUUAUUGUUGUGAUUUAUCAAGAAUAAAAAGGUGUUUUUUAAAUUGG